GAUAAUCCAUGAAUCAUCCCUGGAUCAUCCCUGGAUCAUCCAUUGAUCACCCGUGGAUCACCUGUGGAUCAUCCAUUGCUCACCCGUGGAUCAUCCCUGGAUCAUCCAUUGAUCAUGCGUGGAUCAUCCCUGGAUCAUCUGUGGAUCAUCCUUGGAUCAUCCAUGGAUCAUCCAUUGAUCAUGUGUGGAUCAUGCAUGGAUCACCCGUGGAUCAUCCCUGGAUGGGCCCGGCUGCGGGGUCGGGGCGGAGGAGUCGGGGUUCUGCCGGCUGGGAAGGUUUGGGGUGCUGGGGUCGUUCCCGGGGAGGUUUUGAUGUUUUUUUUGCCCCCAGCUCCCCCCGUAUCCCAGAGCUGGCCUCGAUCCCAUGUUUGGACUCGGGGGAUUCCCAGGGGAAUUCCUGGGGUUAUUUUGGGCCGGGCCGUGCCCGUCCCUGCCCAGGGGUGGGAUUUCCCUGGGUCCCACCCCUGCCCCUUUGUUUUCCCGGGUUUGGGGUCCAAAGGGCCUGGAUGGAAAUUCCAGAGGCCGGGAGCAGCUGUGGGAGCGCUCAGCCUCCUCCCCACUGUGGGAACCCCAAUCCAACCCAGGGCCUGGGGGGGCUCCUGAUCCCAUCCCAGUCUGGGGCUCAAACUGGGACCCUGGGGCUGUGCUGGGGCCUUUGGGGAUGGAGGGAGGAGGAGGAGGAGGAGGAGGAGGAGGAGGAGGAGGCAGCUGAGGAUCAGGAUCAGAGUGAGGAUCAGGAUGAAGAUGAGGAUCAAGGUGAGGAUGAAGACCAGGAUCAGGGUGAGGAUGAGGAUGAGGAUGACGAGGAAGAGGUUGAGGGUCAGGAUCAAGACGAAGAUCAGGAUGAGGAUCAAGGUGAGGAUGAAGAUCAGGAUCAGGGUGAGGAUGAGGAGGAGGAGGAGGAUGAGGAUGAGGAGGAGGAGGGUCAGGAUCAGGAUGAGGAGGAUGAGGAUGAGGAAGAGGUUGAGGAUCAGGGUGAGGAUGAGGAGGAAGAGGGUGAGGAUCAGGAUCAGGAUGAUGAGGAUGAGGAGGAAGAUCAGGAUCAGAGUGAGGAGGAGGAUGAAGAGAAGACAGCUGAGGAUGAGGUUGAGGAUGAGGAGGAGGAUGAGGAUGAGGAGGAGGAUGAGGAUGAGGAUGAGGAUGAGGAUGAGGAUGAGGAUGAGGAUGAGGAGGGUGAGGAUCAGGAUCAGGAGGAAGAUGAGGAUCAGAGUGAGGAGGAGGACAAAGAGAAGGCAGCUGAGGAUAAGGAUGAGGAUGAGGAUGAGGAUGAGGAUAAGGAUGAGGAUGAGGAUGAGGAUGAAGAUGAAGAGGAGGAUGAGGAUGAGGAGUCCCCCAGCUCUGAGCUCCAUCUCCACCAUCCCCAACCCUGCAGGGAUCCGGAUCCCUCCCCUCUCCCGCUCAUUCCUCCCAACCCUUUCCCAAUUUUCCACCAGCUCCUGCCUCACCCCAAGCUGAAAACCCCAAAUUUGCCCCGGAGCCCUGGCGGCUCCCCCAGCCGAGAGCCCCGGGGGUGGAGGCGGCUCGGCCCCGCGCUCCCGGCCGUGUUUGCCGGGCGGGAAGGGGGAGCGGGAGCCCGGCCCAGCUCCCCGAGCUGUUUGCAGAGCCCUCGGAAAAGGAAAACAAUGCGAUUAAUUUUCUGCGGCGCAAUCAUGCAGAGAUUUAAUAAGCAGCCAAAGGUAGGAUCCAUCUGUAAGGAACGCGCCGCCUGCUCCAUUACUCCUCUCCUGCCAUUUUUUUUUUUUUCCUUCCCAAACCUUAAUUAAUUGAGGGGGGAAAAAAAAAAAAAAAGAUGAGAGAGAGAGAAAGGAAAAAAAAAAAAAAGAAAAGAGGGAAUUGUUUAUUAAAGUGGGAACAGGCUCUCGGCUCUGUCUCUGCGCAGCUCUGGUUCAAAAGUUCACCCAAUUCCCCCAAGGCUCGUCCGUGCGUGUGUUUGGAAUCGGGGCCGAGCCAGCGCCGCUCCCUCAUUCCCAGAUUUCCUCGCUU